GUUGUAUUUUUAUAAACCAUGUGCUCUCCUGCACGCCUGACACUGAUAAAGUAGAAAGGCUCCCAGAGUAGAACUGAUGUGCCUUUUAAAGACAAAAGAAAGUGAGGCAGACUCUACCACGGGGCCCUGGUUGGACACAAAGAGAGAAGAAUUCAAACCAAAACUACCAAAGGUAUAAUCAGGAGGACGAACGGAGAACAUGAACAUGGAUGUCAAGACUGAAAAGUCCUCGACUGGCUUCACACCAGAGAUCAACUUGGAGAAGUUACACAAGAUGGCUGCAGAGGUGAUCCUGCUGGGGAAAUUCCUCCUCCGACUCCUGAAUUCUGCUCUGGUGUUCGUCACAGACGUACUGGCCAGGUUUUUAGGAAGCCAGCUGGUCAGACGGCAUUUCCACCUGAUGCUGUCUGCUUUGGUUCUGUUUGGUCCUGUGCUGAGUUUCUGGGUGUCGAAGUACAGCAUCUUCGCUAACAGCAACCACUACCUGUACAGGAAGUUCCUCAAGUCCACUUGGGGUUGGACCUGCAUCUUCACAGCUUCCUUCAUGCUUCUCCUCUCCCUCUCAGCCCGCCACUCCCCCCCUCUCCUCCUCCGCCACCUCUCCCGGAUAGGGGUGGUGGGGUUGCUGUGGUGGGGCUGUCGGCGUCUCCUGACCCUGCUGGAGGAUGCAGCAGGAAACUGUUACAAACCUAUGAUCCCUGACCAGGACAUCCAAGGCACCGGCUCCCCGCUACAGCCCCUGCUGCUCCUGCAUGCCGACCAGACCAAGGCCUCCUGCCUCAGAGACGGCAUGGUGUGGAGAGGUUACGAAGUAUCCCAGGACGUCCUCAUCAUCUGCUUGUGUUGCCUGCUGCUUGUGGAGGAAAUGUCUGUCUUUGGUCUUUACCUGGCUCAAGCAAAGACUCUGCAGAGGUCCCAUGAUGCCCCUUUAAGGUUCAUCUUCCUCCUGUGUGUGGUUCUACUUGGCGUUUGGAUGUUCUUGCUGCUGUGUUUGCUUGCACACUUCCCCAAGUUCCCCUCGCAGCAUCUAGGAGGAGCUCUGGGCUACCUGGGAUGGAGAGGACUCUAUCAGGGCUGGUACAGACUCAGACCGAGUUGGGGCUGUCCUGGUUUGCCGGGAGAGGGACUUAUUACCACCACAGGCAAGGACACACAUACUCAGUAGUGUGAAACCCUCAGCAGACUUUGGGGAUGUAGUGAUCUUGAAAGCUUAGGCUCAAGUUUUGGAAAGUGAAAGUGGCUUCUCAUUAGGGUUGUGAAGAGAAUCUAGACAGAGUAUAUCACCUGUGAAAACCCUUGGAUAACACCACUACAAUUUUAAAUUGUCGUUUGGACAAAAGAAGAGUAGACAGAAGUAUCGGAAUCGUGUUGCUUUAUUUUGUUAUGUGAACCAAAAUGAAUCCACAUUAAGAAAAAGAAGACAUCUUUGUCAAAGCGGGUGUAUUGUUACAUGAGUGUCAUACUACACUAGUUGUAUCUUGUUAGAAAGCCUGCGAGUGUGCUGGAGUCUCAGUAGAUGAGAGCCUUGCCGUCUCCUCUGGGCUUCUUAAUCUUGUCAUAGUUCUUGUUAAUGAUGUCAAACAGCACAGCCUGCGGGGAGAGAGAUACGGAGAGAGACAUCAGUGGAAUUGAAGUGUGAGAAAGAUAUAAGAAAGAUCUACGGCAUGUGAGAGACAGAGAGGACAGAGGCGGUAAUAAAAGAAAGAGAGAGAGACGCCCAAAUCCAGAGCCGUAAUUGUGUCAAACAACUCCUUUCAUCAUCUCCUGUACCGCCUUGUUCAUUAACAACAUUAAACACAGGAGGACAAUAGCCAGAAGAAGACAAACAGGGAUUAAUGGAUAGGAGAUGGAGCGCCAAUCAAUUUAACACAAGCACAGCAAUUAGUUAAAUUACCCUCCUAUUAGGAAGGAAUGGAUUCUAUUUAGCUAUCAUCCCUGUUGCUGGGACACGACUAGAAUAUUUUAAAUAUGUGUGAGUAAGAUGUAUUCAAAGUACAGUGCAUGGUUAUGGCGGAUGGUAUAUUAAGUUGGAUGCAUGUGAUUUACAAUCUUUGGAAGACGUGCGCAGACUAUAAUCCAGUCAAAUUGCAUUAUCAGUUGUGUGUUGACAUCUUCUUUACAAUUUGAUUUCGAUCCAUUCUCAGAUUGUUCUAACAGUGAACAACGGGGCGUAGGUAUCUUACAUAUGUGUUGCAGAUGUCCAGGACCACGAGGCGGAGCUCACAGUACUGAUACUGGUCCAGCUCGUGAACCAGCUGUCUGUAGUCUCCCUGUGGCAGAAAGCACACAGCAGAGAGUUCACAUGCAA